CAAAAUAUGAAGGUACAGAUCUUGCUCCUGCUCCCCAUGGCCUUUCUCCUGCCCCCCAGGACUUGGGCUGGUGAGAUCAUUGGGGGACAGGAAGCCCAGCCCCACUCCAGACCCUACAUGGCCUAUCUGGAAAUACGACGUGGAAACAAGUAUUACAGCUGUGGAGGGUUCCUGGUGGCAGAGAACUUCGUGCUGACGGCCGCUCACUGCAGUGGAAGCAAUAUAACUGUCACACUGGGAGCCCAUAACAUUAGAAAACGGGAACGGAGCCAACAGAAAAUCUCUGUGAGUCACCAGAUCCUGCACCCACAAUACAACAGAAAGACCGAUAAUGACAUCAUGCUGCUGCAGUUGGCCCAGGAGGCCAGACUGAGUGACCAGGUUCAGCUCAUCCCCCUGCCCCGCUAUGGGGACACAGUUAUACCGGGGUCCGUGUGCAGUGUGGCUGGCUGGGGCCAAACAUGUGUGUUCCGUGGGAAGACCUCAGACGUGCUGAUGGAGGUGGAUCUGGAGGUGAUGGAGAACAGGAACUGCAGCAGGCGCUUUCCCAAUAAGUAUAAACCUGGGACCAUGCUGUGCGCAGGGAAUCAGCGUGGCAGGAAAUCAUCUUUCAAUGGCGAUUCUGGGGGGCCCCUGGUGUGUGGGAGGGUAGCCCAGGGCAUCGUCUCCUUUGGUCCUAAGAAUGCUUCCCCUCCUGAAGUGUACACACGGGUCUCCCGGUUCAUCUCCUGGAUAACGGUAACGAUAGGAAAGCUACAAGCCUCAGACCCGCUGGAAUUCUCCUUGUAUGCUUGA